ACGUCACCCGCGAGUCGAUCGUCGACGAUUUCUCGGGACGUUCGAGUUAGAUUUCAUUAAAAAUUUCAUUUGUUAUGAACUAAAAUAAAUUAAAAAAAUGAGGAUCACAAAUGUGCGAAGGGGCCGGAUCAUCCGCAUGGGAGCGGCGUGCGCGAUUCUAUUACUUCUACUAUUCGCUUUGCAUAAGUGGUCCACGGAUACUGGUGCUGUUGAAUUCGAGCGAGAAUUAAAUUUGGAGUCCCAGUCUGCAUUUUAUAAAUCACAUCGUGACGUUUACCCGACUUUGAAGACAGAACUCGGCAACUUCGAGCCGAGAGACCUGCAUGUCGUGAAAGGCCCCGGUGAAGAAGGCAAGCCCUACCACAUGGCUCAGGACAGAGCCAACGAUAUCGCAGAGUCUGAGGGUGAAUACGGCAUGAACAUAGCAGCCUCCAAUGAUAUCGCUAUGAACAGAUCGAUUCCCGACACACGUCUGGACGAGUGCAAGUACUGGCACUACCCCACAGAGCUGCCAAGCACCUCAGUCAUCAUCGUGUUCCACAACGAAGGAUUCUCAGUCCUCAUGAGAACUGUACACUCCGUCAUAGAUCGCUCCCCGCCGAAUAUUCUACAUGAAAUUGUAUUGGUCGACGAUUUCUCAGACAAAGAAAACUUAAAAUCAAAUCUGGACAACUACAUUAAAAGAUGGAAGGGUAAAGUACGUCUAAUAAGAAACACUCAACGUGAGGGUCUGAUUAGAACACGUUCGAGGGGUGCUCAAGAGGCGACUGGUGAAGUUAUCGUAUUCUUAGACGCUCAUUGCGAAGUAAACCUCAACUGGCUACCACCGCUCUUGGCUCCUAUUUACAGAGACUAUAGAAUCAUGACAGUUCCAGUCAUCGAUGGCGUGGACCACAGAACCUUCGAGUAUAGACCAGUUUACCAACACGGCAUGAACUACAGAGGUAUCUUCGAAUGGGGCAUGCUCUACAAAGAAAAUGAGGUACCAGAUAGAGAAGCAAACCUUCACAAACACAAAUCAGAGCCUUACAAGAGUCCAACACACGCUGGUGGUCUUUUCGCUAUCAACAGAAGAUAUUUCCUCGAAAUUGGAGCUUAUGACCCCGGUCUUUUAGUUUGGGGUGGAGAGAACUUUGAACUGAGUUUUAAGAUUUGGCAGUGCGGCGGUAGUAUAGAAUGGGUGCCUUGUUCAAGAGUCGGGCAUGUGUACAGAGCGUUUAUGCCUUACUCAUUCGGAAACCUUGCCAAGAAUAGGAAGGGAUCCCUCAUCACAAUUAACUAUAAGAGAGUUAUAGAGACUUGGUUUGACGAGGAACAUAAAGAAUAUUUCUAUACUAGGGAGCCAAUGGCGCGUUUCUUGGAUAUGGGUGAUAUUACUGAACAGCUUGCUUUGAAGGAUCGGUUGAAGUGUAAGAGCUUUGGGUGGUACAUGGAGAAUGUGGCUUACGAUGUGUAUGACAAGUUCCCUAAGCUGCCGAAGAACAUUCACUGGGGUAUGGUGAAGAACAAAGCCACUGGAGUCUGUCUCGACACUAUGGGCAAGGGAGCUCCAGCAUACAUAGGCACAGCCUCGUGUCAUGGCUCAGGCAACAGUCAACUGUUCCGUCUAAACGAAGCUGGUCAGCUAGGAGUGGGAGAACGCUGCGUAGAAGCUGAUGUGGACAACGUGAAGCAAGCCUUUUGCAGGCUUGGCACUGUUGAUGGACCUUGGAGCUACGAUGAAGAAAAGAACCACCUCAUCCACCGUCUACAUGGCCACUGCCUCACAUUACAACCGAGCUCACGGCAACUUGGCCUAGUACCGUGUGACCCUAACAACACCUAUCAGAAAUGGACCAUCUCACAUAAAAAACCAAACUGGUGAGAGUAGCCUAAGUAUUAGACCUAAAAAUAAGAUUUCGGUUUAAUUUUUUAGUAUAGAGCGUUGUGCCGCGUUUGAAUCGAUUCGAUUUUUGCAUAAUUCUCAGUGGCGCCACUAUCGCUUUUGGGUGACAUUCCUUUUAAUAUCGAACCGGAAUUGUGAUAAUCGUUGAUGUGUUGUGGAUUUUGUUUUACUUAAUAAUUAAAAUGCAUAAUACUAUGGUGACAAGAAUCAUGUUUUUAUAUAAAAAGGACAUGGCCAUUUCAGUCGUAUUAAAAUUAAUUUGCAAGGUUUAGUAUAAUUUCUUUUUUCAGUUUGGAUUGCUUUAUAUUGAACGGGAAUAAUUUAAAUUAAGCUUUAGUUCUCGUACUGGAGAAUAAACAGUCUUGCAAUAAUUUUGUCACAUACUUAAUUCAGUGUUGCCUUAUACAGCGAUUGUUAUUCUUUGAUUUUAUAUAUAUUUUUUUCGUUUUAACAAAGUUAUAACGUUUUUUUUUUCUUUUCAAUUCUUAUAACUUUAUAAUUUCACAGUUGCCUUAUAUACUUAUGACACAUUUUUAAAUUUUCAGAGUAAAUAUCACACCUGGUUAAAAGUAGAUUUUUUUAGGUUGAUGCUCCGAAAAUUGUUUAGAAAAAUAUUUUAAGGAUCAUCUAAUAUAAAAAUGUCCCUGACCUAAAUUACCCUUUUAAUCUUACAACUGUUACACAAUGCCAAUACAUUCAAUUUACACAACUUACCCAAUCGAUUCAGACGCGACAGGAACGUGCGUGACUGUAACUCCGCCAUUACGUGUAAGAUGAGGUUGCCGAAUGUGGUUCAACUUUAAAAUAGAUAUACAUAAUAUAACCGGCACCCAUUUUAUAAAUUUCGCGGUCAAAUAGGAAAUAUUUAACACUCCCCAGAUUACAAGAUACAAAUAAUUGAUAUAAUUUUACAUUACAUUUGUAAAUUAAAAUUAAAAAACAACUGUUUAAAGUCCAAAAGAUUCUAAUUAAGCUUUUAACUAAGAAUUUUCUUAAUGAACAAGGCUAAAUACGAUAACAGCGCCAACCAUGACACACACAUAUUAUUUUAAUUGUUCCGAAGUGUUUUUUUAAUAUAUGCUACAAAUAUUUUAAAAAGACUGAUUCUCUGUUGAAUAUUCCCUAUUUUUCCGCUUCCGUAAUUAUCUAUAUGUAUUUUUAUCUCUAUUGUCUCUAAUGAAUAUCUUAUUAUCUUUAUUAUGAAAUUAAUUAAUUGUAAACCACGUAAAAUGUUCUUAUGUACUUAAAUUGUGAAACAUACCUGUAAUUAACAAAAAAUCUUAUGAUACACUCUCAGUGUUAUGCUCAAAUUUUGUCAAUAAAUAUAUAUUUUUACUUUUUAACACAUAGCAAACAGUUCACAGAUGUAAUUUUUUAAAGAUAGCAUAGUGCAAUAAUAUUUCUUCCUUCAGAAUCUCUUUUGCAUGACAAAUGACAAAUUAAUUCUGAAUAUUUGUUUAUUUAUUUCUUGUAAUAUAUGUUUAACUGAUUAUAUUGAUGUCUUCCUAAACUGAAUUCCGUAAAGUUGCCUCAGGAGAAACUUCUUUAUGUCUGAUCAUUGAGUGUGUUUUCAAUCUGGUUUAUUACUUCGACUUAUAUAUAAAGGGCUGUCUUAUUGCUAAAUAACUGGAUUUAAGCUACAGAGUGUUUGCAAAGUCAAAAGAGGCAUCUUAUAAAAAUAUUAUUAAAAUAACAACUUCUUAAGCAAUAUUUUUAUUUAAAACAUAUUCGGCUUAUUCUCUAAUAAUAAAAUUUUACAUAAAUAUUAGUAAGGACUGAUAUGUAUAAGGAUACGUUCAGGAAAUUAUGGCAGCACCCUCAAAGGUUGGGUGGAGUAAAUUUUUAAAAUCUAAGGUCUAUUUUAAGCUACAUCUGCAUUAUCGUAGGCAAAAUUGUAGUUUUUGUAUAAUAUUUGUAUUCUUAUUCUUCCAUGUAUGUAUAAUAUAACGUUUUUUUUCAAAUAACUAUGUUUUUAGUGUUAAGAUGUACCAAUGUACUUAGUUGGAACAUAGAAUAUUCAAUUACCAACCGCUGCAUUUAUUUACUGACCGAAUUAAAUCUGAAUACAUGCAAAUCAUUUAAACUCUAUAUUUCAGGUUGUCAUUGAUAUUUAAUAUGGGAUAAUAUUGACUGGGUCUAAAGUCUAAAGGGUCACCGACCCCAACUUAGGUGGACAAAGCCCGGAGAAAGAAGACUAAGUUCAUUUUCUAUAUUUUUCCCUCUGUUAAGGUUAAAGCACUUUUAAAAAAAUAUAUUUAUUUAUAUUGAAUAUUUCCAAGUUUAUAGUAAGAAUUUAUAAGUGUCAUUAUGUUUCUUUAUUUUUAUUUUAAGAUGAGUUAAACUAUUUGAAAUAUUGUGGAAAUUAUUAGGAAAAUUAAAAAAAAAUGGUAGCCAUAAGUCCGGUAUUAUUAUAGUCUCGAAAUUACAGAGCAGAAAACGAUAAAUAUUCUAAUAAAAGGGUCGGAAUUAUUUGUUCUACUAAUGAAUGUUGAUUUAUAUUUAACAUCGCAUUUCCAAUUGGUUUGUGACAGUUUUAUGAUGGCGAGAUGGUUACAAUGCAUUUUACAUUCAAUUCAAUCACUCUACUAUUUUAUAUAAGUACGUAUUUUUAUAUAAAAUAUUAAUAAAUUUAUCUUGUACAUAGAUAUUCUAGAUCAUUUUCCAGGAAGUCAGGUUUUUAUAAUAAAACGUAACGUCGGCACUUCGGCAGUAACUAAAUCAUUGUUUGUUCUUACUACAUGAAUAGUAAUUUUAGAAAUAAGUCAAAAAGCAUGUCUGUGCUGUAUUGCCAGUUAAUUUUUAAAGUGAAACAAUGUUGCCACUGCAAUAAAAUAUCUUGUAAAAAUUGUAUCAGUUAGCAAAAUUACUGUGAUUAUAACUACUUGACAGUUUUUAUAUAUUUUCGAUUGUAGUGUUAAUAAAUUAUUAUUUAUUGUUA